AUGUUGUUUUUCCUAUUGAUUAUUCCAUCAAUCUUUAUUCUUGUAAGAACAGUAUCUAUUGAAGAAUCUAAUUCGAGAACAACUUUUAAUACUAAUAAAUUACCAAGGAUUGGUCCUUUGCUUGAUUUUCGACUUGUACUCUAUAUUGGUAAUGGUCACGUAGCUACCGUUGUAUACAGUGAUUUUAUUUAUAUGAAUGGACUUUAUAAUGGUGAAAAUGGUACUAGCCAUAGGGCACGUAUUCCAAGUACAGUGAAUUGGAAAUUUAAAUUAAGACCAAGAUCAUCAUUAUAUACUUUAAAUGUUUCAUCAGGUAAAAAAAGACUUUUUCUUCAUCGUUUUUAUUUAAUUAUAUUUGUAGGUAUAUUCAUUGAAACUCUUGAAAAUCAUGAAGUUCGAAUUGAACGACGUUUCUUUGCUUCACAAGAAUAUACUGAAUUAUUGAUUAUUCAUGCCGUGCUAAUUCGAAAAGCUCCUAAAGGACGAAAAAUUAUUGUACCUGUUAAGGUACAUGAACAGAUAACGAGUAUUGAUAUUAAUUUUACCGUUGUAACUCGUAAUUCUCAAUACGUUCUUUUAUUUGGCAAAACACGUGAAAUUGAAAAUAAUCAAUUUCAAAAAGAGGCAUUAUCUCUAUUUGUUUAUUAUACACCACUAACCACUAAAGUAUUAGAACUUGAUAAAGAAGAAACAAAUCGAACAUAUCUUUUUGUAACUUCAAUUGAUAAUAACCAAACAAUAGCUAAACAAAGUUUUGAUUAUGCAACAAUUGAACAACAAGCAGAUGUUAUAUUAUCAUCAGAUAUAUCUCGAUGGAAUGAUGUAUACUCUAAUGGACAUAUUGAUAUAGAAGGAGAUGAUGAAUUACAAAGACAAAUCAAUUCUGCUUUUUAUUAUAUUUUAAGUUCUCUACCACCCUUAUCAACGAAAAGUGAACGAAAACAAUUUUAUGGUUUAAGUCCUGGUACUCUUUCACAAGGUGGUCGUUCAGGUGAAGAUUAUAGAGGUCAUUCAUUUUGGGAUACAGAAACAUGGAUAUUGGCCAAAGAAAUAUUAUCGUAUCGAAUCGGUCUACGUGAUUCUGCAUCCUAUAAUGCUCGUCUAUUUGGUUACGAAGGAUGGAGAUUUCCUUGGGAAAGUGCUCGAACUAGUGUUGAUGUAACACCAGCUUGUUGUCCUGAAGGUCGUCUGUAUGAAAUUCAUAUUACGGGUGAUAUUGCGUUUGCUGCCAGACAAUAUAUUUCAGCUACAUACAAUCAAGAUUGGUUAUUGAAUGAAUUUGGUGGAGAAUUAAUUUAUGAAACAGUUCGAUUUUGGGGUUCACGAGCCGUGUAUAAUAAUGAGACAAAACAAUAUGAAAUAUUGAAAUAUCUACAAAAUGGAAUAAAAUUGUAUAAAAACAAGGAAAAUGCUGAAGUUAAAUAA